CCGCAAGACCAAGUAAUGUAUGUUAUAGCAAUGCUCAUUGUCGACUUUGGACAGCUGAUAGCCAUUGUGACUUCUUAAUACCGAACCUCUUUGGCCGAUGUCAAUGUAACUCUCCUUUCCGUCAAGUAGGGGAUUCCUGCGUUAGAUCUGCGUUCCAAGAACCAACUGAAGCUCAUGAAACAUCUAUUUCAUCUACGUCAUCAACUUCAUCACUCACAAGUUCAUCAACUCCAUCUUCAAAUAUUGUUGAUAAUACUCAAUCAAGUACUUUAACAUCGUUAAUUUCGACCACUUUUAAACCAAGACGAACGACUAAGCACAGCUAUAGACCAAAUAUUCGAACUGGCACAACAACAACAUUUACUCCAAAAACGACAAAGUUUACGAAAAGGAGGAGGAAACCGUAUGGAACCACCACCGUUCCAAAGUACAAGUUUAGGACCACGUGGAAACCUUUAGAUGCUGCUACAAGACAGGGUUUAUCGAAAAGGACGACUGUUAUGGAACCAAAAUCGACUCCACUCCCGAUUCCUUCAUCAAGGAUUGGAGAUGUUGUGACAACUAUUUCUCCCAACAGUAUUAUUAAUACAACAGUAGGAAGUACACCAUCAACAACUCCAAGUAAUACCACUACAACGAAAAUUAGUACAACUUUUACCACAACACCGACUACAACAACUUCGACAACACCAAGGACAACUACUACUAUAUCUACAACAUUGACACCUACAACUGUAUCUACAACAACAAUAACAACAACAACUAGUACAAGUCCAUCAAUAACACCUCAAGAUGGAGAUUCAGAUACGUAUAGAUGGAGAAAUGCCGAUGGAUAUGAUGCUGUAAGUUUAGGAUUACCUUGCGUAACAGAUUUACAAUGUCAAGCGGCUGAUGCUUCAUCAAGAUGUAGAGAUGGUGUUUGUGAUUGUAUUUGGAAAGUAAAUAAUGGUACAGAUGGUUGUUCAGCGAGAAAUACCGGGUGUAUUCCGGGAACGUUUCAAUGUCGAAGUUCUGGAACUUGCAUAAGUUGGUUUUUCGUUUGCGAUGGUAGAAGAGAUUGCUCAGAUGGAUCAGACGAAGAAUGUACCAACAAUAAAUGUCCAGUCGAAGCUUUUUAUUGUCCAUCCAGUAAUGAAUGUAUAUCGCGAGCAAGUAGAUGCGACGGAACUAGAGAUUGUAAAGACGGCGAAGACGAAAAAAAUUGCUUCGUCACAAAAGAAUUAAAACAAUGUCCCCCGCACACUUUUCAAUGCAACGAUGGAAAAUGUAUCCCCGAAUACGAAUUUUGCAACGCUAUCAUCGGAUGUAAAGAUGCCAGCGACGAACCACCCCACAUCUGCAAGAAUCGCACCAAGAAAAAAACUUUUGAUUAUUGCCCAUUGCAAUGUGGUAACGGAAGGUGCAGAUCUAACGCUAUUGCGUGUUCUGGAAGGGAUGGUUGUGGGGAUGGUUCCGAUGAAAUUAAUUGUUCAGUUUGUAGGUGUCCAGUUAUUAAGGCGAAUACUCUCUAGUGAUAAAUUUAAAGAAAUAUAUCUGAAACCAAAUACUCUCAAAAUGAAAAAUCACGGCGACUUAUUGGUACUUUGGAAAAAAUCGCACCGCAUGCGUCACAUAUCCCCAUAUUUUUUAGAAAGUCGUCGAUCAUUUUUCACUUUUUACUUAAGUGUGACCAUAUACCCCCAUUUAUGUAUUAUUAUUUAUGAUAUAUUUAAGAAAUGAAUGGAUGUACAAAAACUGUUCGUAGCAUUUAAAAAAGAAAAAAAACGAUACGUAAGUGUAGGGUGGGACCAAAUUUCCCAACGAUAAAGAGAAAGGCAUCGCCCAUUCUUGAUGAUGUAACAAGUAAUAUUUUAACUACCUGUAUAUAAUUUAUUUACAACGAGUUAUUGUAGUUUGUAACGUAAGAUUUAUUUAAACAUACAAUAAUAAUAAAGUAGUCAAAAGAAAAA